AAAGGACAGACCAACAUGGAGGAUUCUGCAGCCGGAGCAGGACCGGGGCCAGCUACCAAGAAGAGCUCAACCACCUUGUCAGUGGAUCGGGCCGCAUUUCUGCUCCUGCGCGUCCGCAAGGCAUUCAAAAAGAAGCGGCAACAACGCAAAGAACGACAGGCCCAACAAAGUGGCGCCGCAUCUGCGGGCGGUGGCGCCUGCGGUGGCAGUGGUGGAAGUGGCCCAGGCUCACAAUCGCGUACGGGCAGCCGUAAGCUGCCGCCGCCAUUGUUACGGUCGCGCACACUGCCGGCCAUUAUUGUGCCUGGACUUCCGCUUGUCUCGCUCCAUACGGAUAAACAAACAUUUCAAUUGGAUGAACGACUGUUGGGUAGCAAAAGCCGCAGCGGAAGUGCCAGUGGUCAUCGUUGGUCAUUGCUCACACGUGGCAGUGGCGCUGCUGGCGGUGGCGGUGCUGGCGGUGGUGGUGGCAGUAGCAGCAGCAACAACAACAACAACACCCAUUUGACCAACAACAAUAAUACACUAAUGGUGAAAUCAUUGAAUUUACCCAAAGAUGAUAGCUCAUUGGUUUAUCGACGUAAAUCCUCGGGCAGCACACCGCAUCAGGCGCAGCAGGCGCAUCAUUCAUCAGCCCAACAGCAGCAACAACUGCAACUGCAACAGCAACAGCAGUACCUGCAACAUCAGCAACAUUUGUAUGCCCAACAUGCCGCGGAUAGUUCGCUAUUUCAGUUAUCCGACGACUUUGAGUGUCAUGCAGAUGGCUCACUUUUACUUAGGAUACCCGCACCGCAUGUUGUGGCUGCACGUGCCUAUCGUCUAGCUGCCAGAAAACGUGCCGCAGCAUCUUCAGAAGCCUCAACGCCAAUGCCAAGAGAGCAUACACUCCAUGAGCUACCGAUGGUCGGGGCUGUGGGUGGAUCUUCCGGUUCGGGGACGACAUUUACGCGUCUGGCCAAAUUGCUGCAUCAAUCAAGUGCCAGGUCAAAUCUGCAACCGCCGCCAGGCGACAAUGUGCACAUGGAAGGAGCAGCAAAAAGUAGUCUGGGCUUGGGCCUCGGUUUGGGUGAAGAGGCGCCACGUCGUCUAUCCUGGGAAAGGCGCAAGGAUAGCAGCGCACUUCAACGCUCAGCCAGCAUUGACUCCUUUGCCGAGAUUGUGUUUAGUGAUUCGCCGCGUCCCUCACUGGAUAUACCACGAGGUAGCGUGGCAGUGACGACCGGGCCAGGAGGAGCACCAUCUCCGUUCAGCAAACGGCCCUCGGCAAGCAGUCUAUAUUCGACCUCCUCAUCAGUUUCUUUUAGCUCACAGACGCAGGCUCAGUUGAAUGUCAAUUACAGUGACCAAGGCACUGGCUGCGGCGGCGGCUCAACUAGCGGCCAUCAUCAUCAGCAUCCGGGCAAUGGGAGCAACAGUGCAGGCAGCAGCCGGCGGGAAAGUAUGCUCAGUCCAUCGUCAACGCGACGCUCCAAGCUGACCAGAAUCGUUAAUGCUCUCUUUUCGGCCGUGGAGCAUGGACAUCUGGAGAAAGCACGCACCAUUCUCGAGUCCACAGAUGUGGAUGUGAAUAGCAUCAAUUCAGACGGGCUAUCCGCCUUGGAUGUGGCCGUUCUGAGUAAUAAUCGGUCCAUGACCAAAAUGCUGCUUCAACAUGGCGCCAUGGAGGGCUCCCAGUUUUCAGUGGACAGCAUUGGCACAAAGCUAAAUGGACUGCUUAAAGAUGCCGAAUCGCGUAUACAUGAUCUAAGCGGUCCAGAAGGUCUUUGCCCUCCCAUGUUUGCCUCAAGACCGUCCAUUUCGAGUAUCAUAAUUGGUAACACGGGUUCUUCAGUCACGGGAUGCACUGGCAGUGAGGUGGAGAAACAAAUCGGUAUAUGGGAACGACGGGUCAAGGGUUUGCGACGAAUGCUAUUGGGCUGGGAUCAAGCCCGUCCACCAGAUGCCCCCGCUUCGGUGGUUGUCGAUGUCACUGGUGACAAUUCCAUCAGCGUUCAAAUCUUGGAGCCAUUCGAGGGUGCCAUUGGCACAAAGUUCAAAGUUCAAUGGUCAACCCGCGCAGAUUUCAACAAUGUGGUGGGGGAGAGUGAGCUGCUCGAAUGGAUAAGCUUUCAUGGAACUAUGGGUGCCCAGUGUCACAUUGCCGGUCUAACGCAGGGACGACGUUACUUCCUUCGUGCCGCGUGUGGCAACGUCAAGGGAUGGGGAGCCUAUCGCAAUUCGGUGCCAGCUAGUGUAGUUCCAUCGACCUGGCGGGACUUGGACAAUCGUGAGGAUCGCUUUUUGGGUAGGCAACGUAUCCUUGACAAUCUAUUCACAGCCGUUCGCUUGGCCCGACCAGCAGAUGUUUCAGAACUAACUUUGGACCCAGCUGGGGCACAACGUCGCAAUCCGAAGAAGAAGACAACUAUUAAACAACUCUUCUCCGUUACGUCCAAGUUCCAAAAAACCCUACGAAGAGGCAUUUACUUUUCAUGCAUUGUCCAUUGCGAUGACAAGAUUCUGGUGACCAGCGAGGAUUUUCCACCAGUUAUUGAAAUCGAUGAAUCUUAUCCGAGUGCCCUGCACAUGGACUAUUACUGGCUAAUGAAGAUUGCGUGCACAUGGGAUGAUGUGAAGUCACUACGCACGGACAUGGAGCGUAAUCUAACCUCGGCCGUGCAAUUUCGCACCAAGUUGCUAUCGGCCGUGUGUCAAAUGCAGUCGGCAUUGGGUUUCACGGAUCUUGGACAGCUGUACUAUAAACCCUUGCGGGAUGCCCAGGGCACUGUGGUUCUGACCUGUGUCCAAACUGUGAAAAGCCAAAAGGCCGUGUCUAUACUAAACUCCCGAUGGUUGCCAGUCAGCAAGCUGCAAAAGAAACUAGGAGCCCUACACGAGGACUACAACAUCAAUGAGCUGCUCAUCUCAUCCAUUGGGGAUCAGCUUCAUUACCAGCAGGCGGCACUACAGCGUCUCGAACCAGGUCUAUAUAUUGGCUUCCUAAAGAUGCAAUGCUCGAUGGAUCAAAUUCAAGUGGUGGUCCCAGUGAAGACGCCAAAUGUUCUGCCCCACUGCAAAGUGCGAGAGAAUAGCCACAUUACGGCCGAGGAAUGGCAGGUGCUUCACCGCAGCGGAGAUCCGUUGCGUUUGCCUCUGGAGUUUAGUUCUCCACAAGGAGAGCCCGGCAACACGUCCACGGAAGUGCAACGGCUCUUCCUGUAUGAUCUCACCAAUGCCAUGCAUAAACUGUUCGCCAGCAUGAACAUCAAGGCCUCGGAUGCAGCCACCCAUCGACUCUACGAUGUGGAAGUGAUAGAACACAGUCACGACAUAAGCUUUCUGAUUGUCUGCCCCUCCGCUGAAGCAUCCUGUGCCGUGCCAGGCCAGUCGGAGUUACUACUGCAGCGGGAUGAUCUGGCCAGCCUGAGUAUCCAAGCUUUCGAGAUGAUCCACUUGCGUACCUAUCAGCCGGCCAUUAUACAGAAAUAUGCUCGCCUCUCCUGCAUUCUCGAACUGGACACCGCCCUGGCAACGCAUUCGCAUCGUGAGGCCUUCUCCACCAGUGAAUUGCAGGCGGCCAAAGAUCGACUAGCCACAUUGCAAGAGCUUAGCUCGAGUUUAACACUGGUGUGGAAGAGUGUACGAUGGCUUAUGGAUGUGGUGGCAUAUGCCCGCAACAAGAAUGCCCAGCCCUCGUUGGCCAUGCGUGAGAUUCUUAAUUUUGCCCAGCAGCGUCAUGAUGAUGGGUCCUCGAUGGGUGCCGUGGCGGGUAAGCAACUUCUGCAGUUGCCCAUACGCGAGACUAAGUUCAACAAGGCAGGAACCGGACGCGGCAGUUGGCCCGGACCGGGUACAAAUGAGGAUCAGACUCAGAAUCAAGCCAAGCCAGAGCACUCGAAAUCAGAACAGAAUCUGGGCCACACCGCCAUCACACCAGCGGAUGGAAAUGCCAAACAAUUGAUCCAGCAACAGCAGCAGCAACAGCAACAUCAUCAACAACAACAGCAGCAGCAACAACAGCAAUUGCUCCAAGUGACCACCAGUGAGUAUGCGGCUUCCAGCAGUUCGGAAAUGUCGUUGCGAAAAAAUAGCGGCGAUUCCGUGAGUUCCACCUACACAGCCCGAAGCUUCUAUUCGGCGGUGGACUCGGCCUCGGAUGGGAAUAGUAGCAGCAGUGUUUUUGCCAUUCCACCAUCACGUUCGGAUGACACCCUUGCGGAUGCCCUGCGACACACUCAAUCAUCGGCUGCUCAACGUAAGCGUACCAGCUCAAAUAUUGGUCCCCAUACAGCUCCACUCAUUACAGUGCACAGCUCCAGUUCGGCUCCCUACCUGGCGGGUUCGAGUGUGUCCCUAAGAAGCGGCACAUUUGUCACCGAUCUGGAACACAAGCCACUUAAUGCAAGCGGUAAAGCUGCUUCCAGUGCCAAUCUACGGGAAGGUGGUCUCUAUUUAAAGAGCACUCUGUCCGAGCUUAGGGCAGUGGGUGCAAGUGCCGGUGCCGAUGGUGAAGAGCAUCCCGUGGCCAGCACCUCGAAAGCAUCUUCCACCAAGAGUCUUUCGCGUCAGAGCAGCGAAGAGGACACGGCCAGUUGCUCUAGCCUAAAUACAGAACAAACGCCAGGAAUUAUUCAGGUGUACACUGCCUACAACACGGGACUGGCCAGUGGAACGAGUCUCAAACUCCAUGUCACGCCGAAGACAACCGCUCGGGAAGUUAUCAAUCUGGUGGUCAAGCAACUCAAUAUGGCUGUCGUCCUGAAGGGCAACAACGGUCCUAUCUACAGUGCCGAUAUGCUGGACAACUUCUGCCUGGUGGCUGUUAUCGGGGCCAGGGAACGUUGCCUCCGUGAUGACUUCAAGCCGCUGCAAUUGCAGAAUCCCUGGAAGAAGGGUCGCCUCUAUGUACGCAAAAAGCACGAGCUGCUGGCUGCCAUCGAGCACUCGAAUCGUAAAUCCCAUUUGAUCUGAAUCCACAAUUUUCACCUGCGUUCAUCAUUUGGUUUCGUUGAUUUGAUCCAAUUUCGUGCUGGAAUGAAACUUAAUUCGACCAACCAAUUCCUCCAACCUCCACUCCCCAAUUAGACUGAAUUAUGCUUAAUGGCAAAGAAGUAAUACAAGAUGAUAGAUGAGAAGAGAAAUGUAUUGAAAAUGGUAUUAUAUUUUUAAUAGUUUUAUGUCAUAUAGUACAUUAGGCACGCCCCAAAUACCCCACACAAAGCCCACAAAGAUUAUUGUUAACUCCAUUUACUGUGUUUCAAAGAGAAAGGCAAAAUAUGCUCAAUACUUGUAAAACUAAAAGUAGUUAUGUGCAUAUACAUAUAUGUACAUAUGUAUA